GCCAGCCGAUCGAUGGGGUCCGGCCGCUGCUGUUCCGUGGCCGAGGCGCUCUUGCUGCUGCUGCUGCUGCUGCUGUCGCCGCCGCUCCUGCUGUCCGCCUUUUCUCCCCGGGGCCAGCUUCGCGCCGCCGGGCUCCUGUUCCCCGAUGUGGACGAGUGUGCCCAAGGGCUCGAUGACUGUCACCCGGAUGCAAUUUGUCAAAAUACACCAAAGCUAUACAAGUGCACCUGUAAGCCAGGUUACAGUGGAGAAGGAAAGAUAUGUGAAGACAUUGAUGAAUGUGAUAAUGACUUCAAUGGAGGCUGCGUGCACGAAUGUUUCAACAUUCCAGGCAAUUAUCGCUGUAUGUGUUAUGAUGGCUUCAUGUUGGCUCAGGAUGGCCAUAAUUGUCUUGAUACAGACGAGUGCUUGUUGAACAAUGGAGGCUGCCAGCAUGUUUGUGUCAACACAGUGGGGAGCUAUGAGUGUCGUUGCAAUGAUGGAUUCUUCCUCAGUGAUAACCAGCACACCUGCAUUCACCGUUCAGAAGAAGGCAUGAGCUGCAUGAAUAAAGAUCAUGGCUGUGCCCAUAUUUGCAAAGAAGCGCCGAAAGGAGGAGUGGCCUGUGAAUGCAGACCUGGAUUUGAACUAGCCAGGAACCAGAGAGACUGCAUUUUGACGUGCAACCACGGAAAUGGUGGCUGUCAGCAUACAUGUGAGGACGCUGAGGAUGGGCCUGUCUGUGGAUGUCACCCAGAAUACACUGUGCAUUCCAAUGGAAGAACCUGCCUUGAGAGAGAUGAGGCUUCAACUGAGAUAGUGGAAAACAAUGCCACAGCAGGAGCUGAUGUAGACAAGCGGGUGAAGCGGCGACUGCUCAUGGAAACAUGUGCCGUCAAUAACGGUGGCUGUGAUCGCACUUGUAAGGAUACCUCAACAGGUGUUCACUGCAGCUGUCCUGUUGGAUUUACUCUUCAGUUUGAUGGGAAAACUUGCAAAGAUAUUGAUGAAUGUCAGACCAGCAAUGGUGGAUGUGAUCACUUUUGUAGAAACACAGUUGGUAGUUUUGAUUGCAGCUGCAAAAAAGGCUUUAAAUUAUUAACAGAUGAAAAGUCUUGCCAAGACAUUGACGAAUGUUCAUUUGAAAGAACAUGUGACCAUAUAUGCAUCAAUCAUCCAGGCACUUUUGAGUGUACGUGCAACAAAGGGUACACUCUCUACGGCCUCACACAUUGUGGAGAUAUUAAUGAGUGUAGCAUCAACAAUGGAGGUUGCCAGCAUACCUGCAUGAACACUUUGGGGGAUUAUGAAUGCCACUGUAAUGCAGGCUACAAGUUACAUUGGAACAAAAAGGACUGUGUUGAAAGGUUCUUGCCAGAUGUCAUUUCACCCCAGAUAUCUCUGCGUUGCACUAAGACUGGUGGAAGUGAUAGGUGCUUUUUAAUCUGCCCCUCAGACGUCCACUUUAUCUCAGGCCUGGAAGAUUCCUACACUAUAAAAUGCGGCAGACCUUCUCCAUUUAAGAAAAAAACCCAUAAUACAAAUGAGUCGGCAGUUUUAGAUCUUUCCAUAAUCAGGACAAGUUUAACCUUUAAGCUUAAUGAAGGAAAAUGUAACUUGAGAAAGAGUAAGACGUUGCGAGAUGCUCUGCAUCAUGUAAUGCAAGAGAAACAUAAUUCAGUAAUGGAGACCUUCUACUAUGUAAAGCUAACAUGCGUUUCUGGCAAGAGAGUUCUUGGAGACCUCAGCAGAUUGAAGGCAGCUAGAGAAAUGUUUAUAUCUGCGGACUUUGAACUUGAAACAAACCAAAAGGAGGUGACAGAGACAUGUAAUUUGAAUUGUGUACGUAAAAGGACUGAGAAGAGGCUGCGUAAAGCAAUUAGAACUUUGCGGAAAGUGAUCAACAAAGAGCAAUUGCACAUUCGCCUGGCUGGUAUGGAUCAUGACGUGGCCAGAAAAUCUCCCAGAGUACUGGAUGCUCAAGAGCUGUGUAGCCUAGGUCAAAGGCAUGUGGAUAACAGAUGUGGACAGUGCUCACCUGGUGAGUAUUCUCCUGAUGGAUUCAAGCCCUGCCUUCUGUGUCCUCCUGGAACGUAUCAGCCAGAGCCAGGACGGACAUCUUGCUUCACCUGUGGAGGAGGCCUAAUGACAAAAUAUACCAGUGCAACAGUGUUUCAGGACUGUGAAACAAAAGUGCAGUGCUCACCCGGUCACUUCUACAACACUACCACUCACCGAUGCAUCCGCUGCCCAGUUGGAACAUACCAACCUGAGUUUGGACAACAUUACUGCAUUGCAUGUCCUGGGAAUACCACCACUGAUUAUGAUGGCUCAACAAACGUAACACAGUGCAAAGACAGGCACUGUGGUGGCGAGCUUGGAGAAUUUACCGGAUACAUUGAAUCCCCAAACUAUCCUGGAAAUUACCCUGCAAAUACUGAGUGUACCUGGAUGAUAAAUCCACCUCCAAAACGGCGCAUCCUGAUUGUGGUCCCGGAAAUAUUUUUGCCAAUAGAAGAUGAAUGUGGGGACUACCUUGUGAUGAGAAAAAGCUCUUCCUCGAAUUCUGUGACCACGUACGAAACCUGCCAAACCUACGAACGCCCAAUAGCUUUCACUUCCAGGUCUAAAAGGCUGUGGAUCCAGUUCAAAUCAAAUGAAGGAAAUAGUGCUAAAGGAUUCCAGGUCCCUUAUGUAACAUAUGAUGAGGACUAUCAGGAACUAAUAGAAGACAUAGUCCGGGAUGGUAGACUGUAUGCAUCAGAAAAUCAUCAAGAGAUCCUUAAGGAUAAGAAACUGAUAAAGGCGUUGUUUGAUGUUUUGGCACAUCCACAGAACUACUUCAAGUACACAGCGCAAGAGUCCAGGGAGAUGUUUCCAAGGUCUUUUAUUCGGCUUCUGCGUUCUAAAGUCUCCAGGUUUUUGAGACCUUACAAAUAAUGGACUCCAUAUUUCUAAAACUUCCCAACUGUACAGCAGGAAAUUGUGAUUUUCUCUAUUAUAGGGAAGUCUUCAGGAAGCUGAUAGUCAAUUGUAUACAGUGUGUACAUUUUUAAAUUAAAAAUAUAAUUAUUUCAUUUCCAGGUGUUUUCUUCCAGUCACCACAUGAUCUGCUGCUUGAAUAUAUAUAUUAGACAAGGCUGGACAGUUUUUGUCUCCAGUAAAAUUGUGCUAGAUGCAACUGCACAAACUUGCUGUGUUGCUUCGCCAGCAACAUUAA